UGCCAAUCAUUGCAAAGUUGAACUGCCGUCUGGCAACGCUAGGCACUUUGUUAUUUUUUGGGGGCUCCAUAAAAUUGCUUAUCAGUAUUAAAUUUUAAGAAAGUGGAAUAAAUAAUCCUAGAAGCUUCAGAGAAGCACCAGGGUUGGAAAGACACCGAAUUGACGCCUUUAGUAACAUGCGCUAAACGCCAGGGCAGGCCGGAAAAAAAAGACCACACGCAAAGUGGGCGUCAACAAAAAGUUGUGUGGAGAAAACCAGGAAGACAAAAAGCCCACGAAAAGUGAUACUCAACCAAAUAAUCGACUGAUAAGAGUAACUCUCGAAUUCCCGAGGCCAUGAGCAACCACAGAUACCAUCAGGGAGGCAACUAUAUGCACCCCCGGAUAUCGUCCUACCCACACCACUUCAGCUAUGUCUCAUCAUGUGUCAAGUACAUGAUCUUCCUGUUGAACUUCCUCUUCUGGCUCUUUGGCGGCCUGCUCCUAGCCAUCGGCGUUUAUGCCUUCAUGGAAAAACUAAAGGACGGCAAUGGAUGGCUAAGAUUGGACACGGUCUACGAUGUGAUUUUUAAUAUCUCCCUCGUAAUGAUCAUCGCAGGGGUUAUCGUCUUCACUGUCAGCUUUGCUGGCUGUUUGGGGGCACUGCGAGAGAAUACAUGGCUACUAAAGCUUUACUCCAUGUGCCUGCUGCUUUUCUUUAUUCUCGAAAUGUCGCUUGCCAUCAUCUGCUUUGUGUUCCCGCAGUAUAUGAACUCGUUCCUCGAAUACCAAUUUACAGACAAGAUUAUCCACUCAUACCGCGAAGAUUCCGACCUGCAGAACUUCAUUGACUUUGCCCAGCAGGAGUUCAAGUGCUGCGGUCUUAGCAACGCCGGCUACCAAGAUUGGAGCAAGAACGAGUACUUUAACUGCUCCUCACCCUCGGUGGAAAGGUGCGGUGUGCCCUAUAGUUGCUGCAUAAAUGCCACCGACAUCAGCUCCGGCCUGGUUAACAUCAUGUGUGGAUACGGAGUUCAGGAACAAUCGGUGGCCGCUGCCAGCAAACGCAUCUGGACCAGCGGUUGCAUUGAAAUUGUCCGAGUCUGGGUGGAGCGUAAUUUGUAUGUGAUUGCCGGCGUGGCCCUGGGCAUAGCCCUGCUGCAGCUGUUUGUCAUCUAUUUGGCCAAGACCUUGGAGGGACAGAUCGACCUGCAGAAAUCACGCUGGUCGUGAGUGCAAUGCCACCAUCCGUACCUUUACGGAUAUCCACCCUGCGAAGAUGACCCUUACUACAAUUCGCGGAUGUGAGGCGGACUAUUCUGGUCCUGCCCAUGCUCAAAUAGUUUCAAACCGAAUCCAACACCUAGAAUAAUCCAUAGCUCUCUAUAUACAAUCUCUUGUGUUUUUGAUCGAUUCAAGUUCUAAUGUCCCAAAAGUCUUGCAAUAGUAUUUAUACUCGUCUAGGAUUAAGUAAUAUAUUUAUACUCGAAUAUAGUUGUACUGCCCAUUAUAUGUUUAUGUAUGUUUUUAAAGACAGCUUAAAUCAUAGUCACAAGUAAAGUCGAACAAAUCUAAACUUUUACUCGUAUAUGUAUGCAAUAUCGUACUAUUUAAAAGACACUUGUAUAUAAGUUAGCAAGUUUCGUAAGAAAUAUGCAUUUAAAAUUAGAUUUAUAUAAACCGACGAAACCAAAACUGCAUGCACGUUUGUUAAACACAACAAAAUACUAGACUUAUUAGCAUUUUUAAGUAUCUGCGCGCGAGUUUGUCUGCAAACCCUGUUGUAAUGCGUAUUAUACAAAUACAGACAUUCUAUAUGUGUAAUGCUGA